UUUCGUGAGGCAUACAUCCUGAUUUAGAGUGGACACAAAGGACAUAUUUGCAGUUAAACAUUGGAGCAUUUAUUGAGGAAUUGUGAACGACGUCGGGUUGAUACACAUAUAUCUAAACACUAAACAUGAUGGGCAAAGGAUUAAGAAGCGUCUUGUUUUUCUUUGGCGUUUUUUCGCUGCUGCGAAUCAGCCAUGGCGAUUUAAGCUACUCUGUGCCUGAGGAGAUGAAACGAGGAUCGGUGGUAGGGAACAUUGCUGCAGAUCUCGGUUUGGACUCCAAAAGACUUUCGGAAAGAAAAGCACGUUUGAAUGCAGAUGGCAGUGGGAAGCGUUUGGUGGACAUUGAUUAUAGUACUGGUAAGAUGAUUGUGGAAGAGAUUGCUGACCGAGAGGAAAUUUGUGGUUCGAGGCUAUCAUGCGUAUUAAAAUACAGUCUUGUGCUGGAGAAACCUCUGGAGUUGCACGCUGUUACGCUUCAGAUAGAGGAUGUUAAUGACAAUUCUCCACAAUUUUCCACCGAUUCAAUUAAAAUUGAGAUACGAGAAUCAGCGGUAAAAGGUACGGCGUUUCUUUUAGCCGAGGCCCACGAUGCAGAUGUUGGACAAAACUCAGUUCAACGAUAUUCGUUAGAGAAGAAUGCCCAUUUUUCCCUAAACAUCAGAAGUAACAGUGAUGGAGGUAAAUACAGCGAAUUGGUAUUGGACAAAGAGCUGGAUCGUGAACUGGAACAAUACCUGACCUUAUUACUCACUGCCACUGAUGGUGGUGUACCACAGAGAACUGGCUCUGUAGUUAUAAAUAUUACUGUUCUAGAUGCUAAUGAUAAUGCUCCAGUGUUUAGUCAGUCUACCUACAGGGUUAAUUUACCUGAAAACUGCGGAAUAGGCACUUCAGUGGUUACCAUUAGUGCAAGCGAUAUUGACGAGGGCAUGAACGGAGAAGUAGUGUACGAAUUUAGUAAGCUGUCUGAUAAAGCAGCCAGGGCGUUUUCUUUGGAUAAGACUAACGGUGAAAUUAAAGUGAUUGGCCAAAUUGAUUAUGAAGAAGAAUCUUUUUAUGAGUUGCGUAUUCAAGCAAAAGAUGGACUAGGACUGGCAUCAAAUACCAAAGUGAUAGUGGAAGUUAUUGAUGUAAAUGAUAAUAAACCUAUUAUUAACAUUCAAUCCAUUUCUAGCCCAGUUCCUGAAAAUACAGAAUCCGGGACUGAGGUAGGCAUAAUCAAUGUGCAGGAUAAGGACUCUGGUGAAAAUCAACAGAUUCAGUGUUCUAUCCAGGAAAAUGUUCCAUUCAAAUUAAACCCGUCCAUAAAAAACUUCUAUUCAAUUGUCACAACUGGUCCAUUAGACCGUGAGGUUUUAACAGAAUACAGUCUUACAAUUGUUGCCACUGAUGAAGGCAGUCCCCCUCUGUCAUCAUCAAAAAUAAUUAUGUUAUCUAUUUCAGAUGUUAAUGACAAUUAUCCUGUAUUUAAAGAGCAAUUAUACAGUGCAUACAUAGCUGAGAAUAACAAACCAGGCACCUCAGUUUGUUCUGUUACUGCAACAGACCCAGACUGGAGGCAGAACGGUACAGUUCUGUAUUCUCUUGUACCCAGUGAGGUCAAUGGUGUUUCAGUGUCCUCAUUUUUGUCUGUAAAUGCAGAGACCGGAGUUAUCCACGCUGUGAGGUCAUUUGAUUAUGAGCAGUUUAGAAGCUUCAAAGUUCAGGUUGUAGCCAGAGACAAUGGUUCUCCUCCACUCAGCAGCAACACAACUGUGAGUGUGUUCAUAUCAGAUGAGAAUGAUAACUCUCCACAGAUAUUAUACCCUGCUCCAGAAGAAAAGUCUUUAAUGACUGAGAUGGUCCCUAAAGCUGCUCUGUCAGGCUCUCUGGUCUCCAAGGUGAUCGCUGUGGAUGCUGACUCUGGACAGAAUGCAUGGCUGUCCUAUCACAUUUUAAAGUCUACUGAUCCAGGACUUUUCACCAUUGGCCUUCACUCUGGAGAGAUCAGGGCACAGCGGGACAUCUCUGAAUCUGACAGCAUGAAGCAGAACCUUGUUAUUUCUGUGAAAGACAAUGGACAGCCUCCUCUCUCUACAACCUGUUCUGUGUAUUUACUUAUUUCUGAUAACCUCGCUGAAGUUCCAGAACUUAAAGACAUGACUUAUGAAGAGAACAACUCCAACCUUACAUCAUAUUUAAUUAUUGCACUUGUUUCAGUGUCCACCUUCUUUCUAACGUUCAUUAUCUUGAUCCUGGCUGUGAGGUUUUGUCACAGAAGAAAGCCCAGACUGUUGUUUGAUGGGGCAGUCGCUAUUCCCAGCGCAUAUCUCCCUCCCAACUAUGCAGAGGUUGAGGGAGCUGGAACACUCCGCAGUUCCUACAAUUAUGACGCGUAUCUAACAACAGGCUCACGCACCAGUGACUUUAAGUUCAUCAGAUCUUACAAUGACAAUACACUGCCUUCAACUUUAACACUAAAGAGAAGUCCAAAUGAAAAGGACAUAUUUGAAGAUUCUUUUAUUGCUGAUACAAAAGAUUCAGAGGUAAGCCGCUGCUAUUUUUUGUUUGUUCUGUAUUUGUGAAAAUAGAGCAAUGUUGCCUGUUUUUUUUCUUC